CCAAAGCGAUGAUGACAAAUGGCAAUCGUGAUGACAUAUCCAAGGUCUUUUUAAAGUAUUUCUUUUGCUGGGGUAUCGUCCCCGCUUCUCACCCUCGCUAUUUGACAUAUCCCAUACCAAACUCUUGCACGAAAGGAAAGCAUCAUGGCAACCUAUAAAGCAGCACAAUUUACAUCCUAUGGAGGACCCGAUAAGAUUGUCAUUUCCGACCUGCCUAUCCCCACGGCUGACGCUCCCGACAGCGUGUUGAUCAAAGUCCAUGCUGCGUCUUUGAACCCUAUCGAUUGGAAGCGCGCAGAAGGCCAGCUGAAAAUGCUUGUCAAGGAAAGUUUCCCCUUGCGCACAGGAUACGACGUCUCUGGCGUCGUCUCAUCUAUCGGAUCGGGUGUAACGAAAUUCAAAGUCGGAGAUGAAGUCUUUGGACGGAUCGGGCAGUCAGAAGUGGGUACUGUCGCCGAAUAUGUUGUUUCGACAGAGGAAAAACUAGCCUUGAAACCAAAAUCCUUGACACACGUCCAAGCAGCUGGAGUUCCCCUAACAGGUCUAACCGCCUACCAAGUUCUCGACAAAUCCGGCUUUGCUUCAAAACCCUCCCGCAAAAUCUUCAUUCCCGCCGGUGCGGGCGGUAUCGGCGUCAUGGCCAUUCAACUCGCCAAACACCUCUUCAACGCUGAAACCAUCGCUACAACUGUCAGUGAAGCCAAGAUUGAUAUCGUCAAGGAUUUGGGCGCAGAUGUCGUCGUUGAUUAUAAAAAGGAGGAUUACACCCAGGUUUUGAAAGACUAUGACAUGGCCAUUGACACAACCGGCGAAACAAAACAACAAUUCGCAAUCCUCAAACCCGGCGGCACACUCUAUUCCAUUGCUGCCCUUCCAAACAGCGAAGAAGCAAACGCUGUCUUUCCCGUCGGAUUUUUCAUGGGAAAAGUCUUGGACGUCUUAACCUACAAACUGCGAUGGGCGGCAAACUCUAAAAAUAUUGAUUACCAUUAUUUGUUUAUGAGUCCCAACGGAACACAAUUGGCGGAAAUUGGUAACCUAGCCGACCAAGGAAAGCUCAAAGUCUUGGUAGACAGUACCUUCCCAUUCACGCUUGAAGGUGUCCGCGAGGCUUUUGCCCGUCAGAAACAGGGCCGUGCUACAGGAAAGGUUAUCAUUCAAGUCAUUUAAGGGGGCUUACCAUACGAAUUCCAUCGCGUUAAUACGGGUUUCUAUAACAUUAUGUAUAAUACACAUCAUAGUAUAUUUUUUUGGAAUCUUUAUUUUCAUGCUUGCAAAAAGA